AUUUCAUCUCUGUGGCUCCUUCUGCUCCUGAAACCUCGCUGCUGUGACUUGUCGCUGCGCCUGUCUGUCUCCCGUCACAGAGCGGAUUGAAACAUGGCCUUCCACUGCUCUGGCUCGACAAGAAAGCUCCCGUCGCAUCUGUCCAUGUCGGCGUACUCUCCUGUCUGUUUGGCUCUGCUGGCCCUCCUCCUUGCUCCAGCACUCGGACAACUAGACCUCAACCGAUUGGAUGGUGAUACCGUCUGCCCACCGGUAAGAAGCGGACAGGAUGACCUUCCAGGUUUUGAUCUGAUCACCCAGUUCCAGCUGGAUGUGAUCCCUCUGAAAGGUGUGAGGAAGGUGGAUGGCUCCACCACGCUCCAGGUGGCCUACCGCCUGGACAGGGAGGCUAACUUCCAAAUUCCAACCAUGCUGAACUUUCCUCGCGGCUUCCCUGAUGAGUACUCCUUCAUGGUCACCUUCCGUAUGAUCAAGAACACGGUGAACAAGGUGUGGAACGUCUGGCAAAUCGUCGACGAAGACGGCAACAAACAAGCAGGGUUGAGGCUGAACGGUGACGAUCAGGCUCUGGAGUACUUCCUGAUGGGCGCUGAUGGCAACCUGCAGACCGUCACCUUCCCCGGCCUCUCCGUGCUCUUUAACACCAAGUGGCACAAAGUGAUGAUUGGAGUGGAGCGUGACCAGGUCACUCUGUAUGUGGACUGCCAGCCUGUGGAUAAGAAACCCAUCAAGGGCAAAGGCCCCGUCAACACAGAGGGAGACACUCUCAUUGGCAGGCUGGAUGCUGAUCCCGACGCCUCUGUGGUGUUUGAACUCCAAUGGAUGUUGAUUCACUGUGACCCAAAGAGAGCCCAGAGAGAGAGCUGCAACGAGCUGCCUGCCACUGAGAUGUAUGCCAAUGCUGAGCCUGACAAAUCAGUCCAAGGCCCCCCAGGAGUCCCUGGUCCAGAGGGCCCCCGAGGGCCCGCAGGAGAGAACGGCAGAGACGGGAGAGAUGGUCUUCCAGGUUCUCCUGGCAGCCCGGGCACUCCUGGCAACAAAGGGGAGCAGGGAGAGAUCGGUCUUCCCGGACAGAGAGGCCUGCCCGGCCUUCCAGGAGCUUCUGGUUUACCUGGCACCAUGGGUCCCAGAGGGUCUGUAGGAGAGAGAGGACUCCCUGGCUUCCCUGGACAACCAGGUCCUCCUGGCCCGACGAGUGAAGGACCUGCAGGGCCACCAGGGAAAGCAGGAAUCCCAGGAGAUGAAGGAAACAUUGGGCCUGAGGGUCCAGCUGGACCCAGAGGGGCUUCUGGCACUGCAGGGCUUCCUGGCCCUCCUGGUCCACCAGGGCCUGUGGGACCGCCUGGUGCCAGCAAUGAGGGGAGUGGGGAAGCUUGUCCUGCUGCCUGUCCUGCUGGACCCCAGGGAAGGUCCGGGAUACCGGGGAUGAAGGGACACACAGGUGCGGAUGGAGAGCCUGGAAAAGAUGGAAUACCUGGAGAUAAGGGAGACAACGGAGAACAAGGACCUCAGGGGCUUCCUGGUCGCAUGGGAGAUGAUGGACAAAGAGGGCCUAUCGGAUUCCCAGGAGCCCUGGGAGAGAAAGGAGAUAGAGGUCUCCCUGGUUUCAACGGUGUCCCAGGACCUACUGGCCCACCCGGAGCUCCUGGUUUGGAGGGAAUCCGAGGUCGUCAGGGUUUGGAGGGAGAAAAGGGUGACGAUGGAGCGGUGGGACCUCAAGGAGAGCAGGGUCCUGCAGGAGAUAAAGGAGAAACUGGCGAGUCCGGUAAAGAUGGCUUGAAUGGAGUCCACGGAGUUGAUGGAGCAAAGGGCGAGCCUGGUGCUUCUGGAGCUGUUGGUGUCAGGGGGAUUGUUGGAAUUCCAGGUCUGCCAGGGAAGCAGGGAGUAGCGGGACCCUCGGGAGUACAGGGCGACACUGGUGCUGAGGGACCCGUCGGGCCCGUCGGACUUCCUGGAAAGACGGGAGAGCCGGGAAAAGACGGAGAAGACGGGAAAACAGGAGAGAAAGGAAAGACUGGUGAAACCGGAAAGCAAGGACCCGUGGGACCUGCAGGUCCUCCAGGUAUACUGGGUGACAAGGGAGAUAAAGGAGACACAGGUGCCAAAGGGAUGAAGGGUCACACAGGAUACAAAGGCGAUCAGGGGCCUAUGGGACCAAUGGGACCAAAGGGAAGUCAGGGGGACUCCGGUGUAGCAGGAGACCUCGGGGUGAAGGGAGAUCAGGGCCCUCCUGGUGUUACUGGAAACAAAGGAGAGCGUGGUGAUAAAGGUACAAGAGGAGCUACUGGAGAUGAAGGCAGACCAGGCCAGCCAGGACAUGAGGGUUUGGCUGGUCUGAUGGGUCCCCGAGGGCUGGAGGGAGAGCCAGGCCUUCCCGGAACACCAGGCCCCAGAGGUCUACCUGGUCCAAAGGUUAAUGAUGAGAAGCUCCGUGAGAUGUGCUCGGCAGUUGUUGAAGAACAAAUAUCAGAGUUCAUGAAAGAGUUCCUGAAGAAGCCAGCAGCGAUCGGUGCUCCUGGUACUCCCGGACCUGUAGGACCUCCCGGCCCCCCUGGAGCAGCUGGAGCAGCAGGAGCAGCAGGAACGCCAGGGGCAAGUGGUGCCAAAGGUCAUCCUGGCUUCUAUGGGCUCCCAGGCGCACCAGGCAAAAGUGGUGAUGCUGGAGAAAAAGGAGACAAGGGAGAGAAAGGAGAGGAUGGGAUAGGAAUGAAAGGAAGCCCAGGAGCACCCGGUGCAGCAGGUGCCCAAGGUGCUCCAGGCAUCGGCAAAGAUGGCAAAGAUGGAGACCGCGGAGAGUCAGGAAGUCCUGGUACCCCAGGAGCAGCCGGUCCAAGGGGGCCUUCAGGGCCACCCGGGCUUUGUGACCCAUCAACCUGUAACAGACUCCCACCUCUCUAUAUGCUCAGCGGGAAGAAGUCUUCUGGCUACAAAAACCCAUGAGACGCCCCAGGUCAUUAAACAGUCCAGAUCUCAUCCUGCAGAGGCCACCUUUAAGGGCUCCUUCUCAGGAGUCCAAGGCGUGGUGAUCUAUGGGGGUCUUCAAAUGUCUCCUUCUGAACCCCGGGUCUAAGAAGCACAAAGGGAAACAGAGAACAUGCACAACUGUAGAAUACUGUAUAGACAUUUUAUCUUGUAUUUGAUUUAAGAAGAAGCUUAUCUAAUGUUCAGAGAUAGCUGCGACUGAUGCCAAAGAAAUUUCUCCCAGCUGACGACGGGCUCCCAGGCCUGUGAGAUGACCCACUCAGAUCCACACAGUUUCAGCUGCAGAGCCCUUUUCUAUCACGUAUAGUAGGCUGCCAAACAUUCUAUAGGUUCAUUUCUAAUUUUACUUACAUGCAUGUAUUUUUCCCACUACCCGAAUAAGCUCCCUGAAAACACUGCUUCCUCUCUUUGGUGAGCAGUGACGAGCCAGUUAGAACAGAACUAAAUGUAGAAAAUUUGAACAACAGUCACUCGAACAGCUUUACAUUUGACGAGAAGUGCAGACCUGAGCUGACAUCUUCAACUAUUUGCUUUCUCAUUUAGGAUCAUCAUUUUUUGCUUGAUUUUGUCAUAAUAAUGUUCUUUAAAAAUGUAAUAAAGUGAUAUGUUUUGGAA